AUGUGCACUGUUGAUGAAAUUUUGAGUCCAAUUGAUGUACCAUCUGUUAUCCUGAAAGAUGAGUGUAUCUAUUGUUUCGAGUCAAUUUAUAAUGACAAAGAUAGCGAAACUCAUUCAUUGAAUAUUUGCUUGUCAUGUUUUCAACCACUUUGUCAUGAGCAUGUACGAACACACAUGAAUGUUACCGGAAAUGCAUGUGAAAAUAUCCAUGUAAACUAUCUGAAUCUCUUUAAAGUUGCAAAAGAAGAGGAAGAUGAUAGAAAUCAGGACAGAGAUAGAAAUAAGAAGAUUAAAUUACAAGUUAUCGAAAAAUCUGAAGAUGAAACGUACAAUACAUUCUGGAAAUUGUUAGUUUUUAACGUUGAAGAUAAUGAAAAGAAUGUUUUACUUGAAAGUAAAGGUUGUACUACGAUUCCUCCUAAGAUAAAUGAAAUUUUACAAUCGAAAUCAAAAACACUAGUAGACCAAACUAAUUCCUGGGAACUCGAGUUGAAAACAUGCCAACAUAUUAUGAGCUUUGACGUCAAUUCUUUGCAUUCCAAAGAAGUCGAUAUAUCAAGCUGCAAUGAUUGUACCUUGGACUCAAAUCUAUGGUUAUGUUUGCACUGUGGCAAUAUUGGCUGUGGAAGGCAGCAAAUUGGUAUUGAAGGCAAUUCACAUGCAUUAGCUCACUUUGAUAGCAACAAAACACAUCCUUUAGCUAUUAAACUAGGCUCUCUGAGUAAGUCUUCCAAUGAUGUUUACUGCUACGAAUGUGAUGAUGAAGUCAAGUUUUCAGAUGAUAAGACAAUGGAAUCAAUCCUUACAAAGUUUAGUUUUGAUUUACAUAAUAAAUUAGCUACAGAAAAGACGCUUACCGAAUUACAAGUUGAACAAAAUCUAAAUUGGGAUUUUAAAAUGACCGAUUCUGCUGGGCAUGAACUAAUCAAGCUAGAACCUAAUGGAAACUUUGGCUGUGGUUUGAUAAAUUUGGGAAACUCCUGCUAUUUGAAUUCCAUUUUGCAAGCUUUGUUUGCCCAGGAUGUGUCCCAGUGGGCGGAUGUGCUGAUGGAUACUAUCGGAAAGGAUUUUCCUGUAGAUGUUGUCUACCCAAGUAACAAUGUGAAAUGUCAACUCAUAAAACUAUUGAAUGCCAUGAAGAUUAAUCCAUCCAGAUAUCCCGAGGGAAUAAAACCAAGGUCUUUCAAAAAUUGCAUUGGCCAAAAUAACAAAGAAUUUACUUCCAAUAAACAACAAGAUGCCUUGGAAUUUUUAUCAUAUUUUGUAAAUGAAUUAGAUAAAAAAUUGUUUAAAAAGGAACUAACUAAUCCGGGCGACUUAAUGAGAUGUUACAUGGAAGACAGAUUACAAUGUUUAAGAUGCAAACAUGUUAAAUAUUCGUAUCAAGCCAAUGAGUCGAUUCAGCUACCAUUGAAAGACAAUAAUGAGCCACAAGAUAUAAGAGAACGGUUAGAUGCAUUUUUCAAAGGGGAAGUCAUAGAGUUCAAUUGCCCACAUUGUCAAAAGAUGACUGAAGCUUCUAAAAGGCCCGGUUUAAAGACAUUUCCUAACCUUCUUGUUCUCAGCCCAAUUAGAAUCAAGUUGGAGAAUUGGAUUCCAAUCAAAACUGCCAAUGAAUUACUUUUACCGGGUGUUGAUGAUUUCGAUGAUGUAUUAGACCUUUCAAUGUAUCAAUCAAAGGGGUUGGAUACAACUGUUGAGACGGAAUUUCCUGAAGAGCAAUUCAAGCCCGAUGAAGCGGCCACAUCACAGCUCUUAGAGACAGGAUUUUCACAAAAUGCGAUCUUAAGAGCUCUAUAUGCUACGGGGAACAAUUCCAAUCCAGAAGUUGCUAUGAAUUGGUUACUUCAACACAUGGAUGAAUCUGACUUAAAUGCGGAAUUUAAAAUUCCAGAGAAAAGUGGGCAAAAGCCCCAGAUCAACGAAGAAUCACUUAAUUCCAUGAUUUCCAUGGGACUUGCCCAAAAUCUUUCAAGGAAAGCACUUAUUUUGAACAAUGGUGAUAUUAACGCAAGUAUCGAAUGGGUUUUCAACAAUAUGGAUGACAAUGGCGAACUUCCUGAGGAAAACACGGCCUCACAAGGUGCGAAAGAAUUUGGCCAUUUAAGCGCGGCACCUUAUAAAUUAACUGGGGUAGUAUGCCAUAAAGGUACUUCUGUGCAUUCAGGCCAUUAUGUUGCUUUUAUUAAAAAAAUUGUGGACAAUGUGGAAAGGUGGGUACUAUACAAUGAUGAAAAGAUUGUUCUUGGUGACGAUACGGCAGAAAUUAAAAAGAAUGGUUACAUAUAUUUUUAUUCUCGAGUUGAAUAA